CGCGGUGGCCAGCCGCAGGGUCCUCGCGGUGACUGGUUCCGCCCAGGCGCGAAAUGUAACGCGGGAAAAGCCAAAGCGGGGACCGCGGCGGCAGGUUGUUAUUCUCGGGGACUCGGCGCCUCGCGUCCCGUUUUCCUGUCAGCAACGCUGCUGGAGCCUGAUCGCCCGGAGCCGCCUGCCAUGAGCCGGCGGCUGUGAGGCGCCGAGACGUAGCAGCGCGGGCGAGCAAGGCAAGCUCGGGCCGCCGAGAGCGCGAGGGCUGCAGACGAGCCAGCAUGAUCCGCGGCGCCCCGGCACCCAUGGCGGAGCCGCCGCCCGUCAUCUUCUGCCACGACUCCCCGAAGCGCGUACUGGUAUCGGUCAUCAGGACCACGCCGGCAACGCCUCCCUGCAGCAGCGUGGGGGAGCCCGAGCCGCCGCCGCCGCUCGUCCCCACUAGUCCCGGCUUCAGCGACUUCAUGGUGUACCCGUGGCGCUGGGGUGAGAACGCGCAUAACGUGACGCUCAGCCCGGGGGCGGCGGGCGGCGUCGUUUCAGCCGGACUGCCGGUGGCGGCUGAACUCCCGACGCUGCGGGGUGCGCCUCCGUCCUCCGCCUCGGUGGCCGCCGUGUCGGGCGGGGAGGACGAGGAGGAGGCGAGCAGCCCAGACAGCGGCCACCUCAAGGAUGGAAUCCGACGUGGAAGGCCCAGAGCAGACACUGUUCGGGAUUUAAUAAAUGAAGGAGAGCAUUCAUCUAGCAGGAUUCGUUGUAACAUCUGUAACAGGGUAUUUCCAAGGGAGAAAUCACUCCAGGCUCACAAAAGGACUCAUACAGGUGAGAGACCAUACCUGUGUGACUACCCAGACUGUGGAAAAGCCUUUGUUCAAAGUGGACAGCUCAAAACCCACCAACGUCUUCAUACCGGAGAGAAGCCUUUUGUCUGUUCAGAAAAUGGGUGCCUAAGCAGAUUCACCCAUGCAAACCGCCAUUGUCCAAAGCACCCUUAUGCCCGGCUGAAGAGAGAAGAGCCAACGGACGCACUCAGCAAACACCAGUCUACGGACAACAAGGCUGCUGCUGAGUGGCUGGCAAAGUACUGGGAGAUGAGAGAACAACGUACCCCCACCCUAAAAGGCAAGCUAGUUCAGAAGGCUGAUCAGGAGCAGCAAGACCCUCUGGAGUACCUCCAGUCUGAUGAGGAAGACGAUGAGAAGAGUGGCGCCCAGCGCCGGCUGCAAGAGCAACGAGAGAGGCUGCAUGGGGCCCUGGCACUCAUUGAGCUGGCCAAUCUGACAGGGGCACCACUCCGCCAGUAGCUCCCACACUGACUCUUCACUGUACAAAAGUACUGCCCAGCAUACUUACAAAGUAGAUCCUUGGGCAUAAGCUAAGCACCUUAUUUGCUUAUCAUAGGCUGCUAUUCUGUAGAAACUUAUGAAGAAUGUUGUUGCCUCAAAUGGGGUGAGAGAGAAUUGCACUUUUUUUUAUACGGAAAUAGAUUUGAUGUAAAGUUUAAACUAUUUUGUAAAUAUGGAUUGCAGUUACAGGGUAGAAGCUACAAGUUGUGGGAAGCUAGGUUUUGCAAGUUUAAUGCAUUCAUUGGAAGCAGUUCUCACAGGAAGCACUUUGUGAAUAAGACAUUUGUGUGAAAAAAACAGAUUGGUACAAAUAGCCAAAGAAGGUUGAAAUAGAUUAUUUAUAAGAUCAUUUUUAACAAUGUAUGUUAGUGUGUGUGACAGUACUGUAAACACUGAAGCAGAGCAGUGUGAGACAUAUGUAUAAAAUACAUAUUUUUAAAUUGCAAAAUAGCAUGGCCAAUAAGUCCAGAGAAAUGGGAGGCCAACUAUUUGGAAAGAUGAUAUAAGUUAUGGACUUGGAAGAAAAAAGGUAUUUGAGGCUCUUGGUAAGAUGGGUACUAGUUUUUAAAAUUGGUAUAAAAUGAGUUUUAUCCCAUCUUCCUGGGCUUUUUAACUCACUGUAAUGCUGAUGCUUAGAAAGCGCUCGUCACUUGGCUUGUUGACUGGAGACUUUUGCACAUUGCUCAGCUGCUGGACCUGAGUGAUUAAUCUUGCAAAGUCUAUGUAACCUGGCAACUGGUGCAUGUAUGUGUACACCAGUGAGAUCUAUUAUGGGCCCUGUAAUGAGAUUGGCACUUGUGUUUGUAUUAAUAAAAGGGACAUCUGCAGGGUUGUUUUGUAGUGAAAUGUUUUAGGUCUUUUGAUAGUAAACACUAAAUUUUAAUUGUUCUGCUUGUUUAGCGUUAUUAGUGGAUGGAAGCCUCCAUAUUUAUAUUUUCAGUGCAUAUUGCCACCUUUCUGCUUCACUUCAGAAUAACAUGCCAAGCUAUUUUGUGUUCACUAAAUUUAGCUAUCAGUUAAACACUUGAGUAAAUAUUGGCUACUCAAAUAUGCAGGCUUCUGAGAUAGUUUUAGCUGCAAGUGUCUUGUCUGGUGGUUCAAAACCAUUUUCUCCAAAUAGAUGAAGUUAUCGAGCACGUUGUGUACUAAGGCAUGAAUAGAAUUCUAGGGGCCAAGCAGCCACCUCUUUUAUGGAGUCAAGAAUCUAUCACUUGAGCUUUUGUUAAAAGUUGAAUGAAAUUAUAUGCAGAGCAUAGUGAUUUAUAGACUCCUUAAUUGGAGACUUCAAAGUAAUGGGAGGAAAGAUGGGCUCCUCAGUGCCUUUUUUUUUUUUUUGAGAUAGCAUCCUACAAGUGUAGAUUACACAUUACUGAGAAUGUAGGCUAAAAUCUCGGUGCUUGCAGUACACAAGUAGUUAAAUUGUGUAGCCUUGGAGAGUGGAGGUAGGAAAUGUCGUGAGAAGCGCCAGUGUGAAGCUGAAGUUGUGGUAGUUAGAAUAAUGUGUAUGAUGAGGACAUACUUUAAAAAUGGAAUUCCUCUGUACAGUCAAUGUCAGAUCUUUAGGGGCUUUUUGUAAUAAGAGAAUUUAUAUUUGUAAUGGUCUAAGAAUGUUAUCUGUAAUCUGGUAUGUAGAAUUUUAACUUGGAGCACUUAUAAGUAUGAUAAGAGACCGACCAUACAUAGCAUCUAAAUAUUCUUGGUUUAGGGUUCAAUAUUUUCUCUAGAAAUUUUCCUCAGAUAAAUGGGAGUGUAUGAACCAAAACAUAACACUCAUCAGACUUGGGAAAUUUUAAAUCUGAUCAACUCACCUUAAGGACAGCAGUACAAUUGAAAAAUGCAAUUAGUCAAUUCGCAGAUAAGAUUUAAGGCCUUCAAAAAGUAAGGGCUUGCUUUGUUUCUUCAAUUGACUUUUGUCAACCAUUGAGGUUAAUAUUCACAUGAAUUUUUUAUUUGUAUGAUUGGAUGGUUUAAGAAAUUAUUCCAACUGCUUGCCAUUGGCCAUGUUUUAAAGGGUUAUAUAUUUUGUUUUGAUAUAAGCUAUGUACUUGGACAAAAUACAUUGGCAUCUAAAAUUUGAGGUGUGUUAUGACUGCUUUUUGUUUUAAAAAUGUGGUUACAUUCAGAUUUUUGAAGUGUUUUAUGCUUCAUAUGGCUAAGUUGUAGUUUGGCAGAGUUAACAGCAUAUUAAUAAACAUGCUGUAAUUUUAAAAGAUGCUUUGAAUAAAAUUUUAUUUUAAUUUAAAGCA